AAUGGAAAAAGCGGCUGACAUGUCAACAACAAGUCCACAUCACAGAUAGCAGCUCGCCACCUGAAUGCCACGAUAAAUCUAAAAAAACCGACUGAAUAAAAUAACUGUGAUAUAUCCGCUGUAUACUCAUUUCCCAACCGGACAAGGUUGCAUUCUGCCAUCUGUUUUGACUGAAGCCGGUUUAGUAAGCUUGUGGAGAGUGAAAAAUGCGUAAACUUCGAGGGGGCCAAACUAAAGAAACGCGCAAACAGCGCCAGGAGCGUCGGGAGGAAAAUUUAAAAAUUCAACAACAGUUAAAAACGAUCGUUCUACCCACCGUGGUAGUGAUCUUUCUGUGCAUAGUGGUGUACGUUUUCCUGAAAACGCGGGCACGCUACGAGGAGCUCUAGUGAGGCACUGGUCCAGGGCCACGCAGCCAGUAUUCGACCCGGCAAGGAAUUUCUGUUUGGAAUUCGUAUCUCCAUCGAAACCGUACUAUUAUCUGGACUCCAAGCACAGCCAGUAUCCAAAAAGAGGACUACUAAUAUUUACAAACGCACUGUUAUUACAAAUCUUAACGAUUUGUCGACGGGUACAAAUGAAGCAUUUGUUUAGUGUGUUCAAAAUGAAUGAUAAAUUCAGACAUAA